GCAUUUUUUUUUCGUGUCUUCGCAGCAAUCAUCAAACCUUAGUGAACAAUAUUACCCAGUGCGUGCACGGAAAUAACAACAAAACAUUACGUAUCAGCAGUACCAGCACCGUAGGGGCCAAGAGCAGAAGCAAAGAAAAAGAAAGAUCUAAAAAUAUUUUUAAUCGUCGUACUCGAAUACUUUCAUUUCGCGAAACGCGAAUAGAUAGAGCUUUAAAUUGACAAAACAACGCAUUAUUAAACGCAAGUUAAAAUGGUAUUAAAAGUCUACGUCAGCGGCAUGUCCGGCAACAAGGAGGUUAAGAAGCGCCAACAGCGCGUCCUUAUGAUCCUGGACAGCAAGAACAUCCAGUAUGAUACCGUGGAUAUCACAGAACCCGGCAAGGAGGGGGAGAAGGAGAUGAUGCAGAACAAAUCUACCAGCAAUGGCGGCACAGUCAGCGACCCCGAUCCCCGCCACCCGCUACCUCCUCAGAUCUUCAACGAUGCGGACUACUGCGGCGACUACGACGCCUUCGACAUGGCCAACGAGAUAGACACCCUGGAGGUGUUCCUGAAGCUGGCGCCCGCCGACACCACGGCCGUGAGCAGUGCCCAGAUCGAGCUUAAGCAGGAGAACGGCGAUGCCAAGAAGGAGGUGGACGGCGAAAAGGAGAAGGCGACAGAGAAGGAUGAGGCGGCACCCGCAGAGGAUGCUGCUGCAGAGGCCAAUGGCGAGGCGGGGGAGAAGCCAGAGCACAGAAUGCCAGAACUUAACAGCGAGUGCCGCUACUGUAGAAUGCCAGCACUUAACAGCGAAAGCCUAACAGUGAAGAAAGACGAAGACGGCGCAGAGACGUCGAGCGAGGAUAAGGAGAAGGCCGAGGGCGAAGGUGCAGACGCCAAGGAAGAGAAUGGCGAGGAAAAGACUGAAACCGAAGCUGAGGAAGAGUCCGGGGACCAGACAGCGCAGGAGGACUCCACAGGUAAAGAAUCGAAGAAGGAGCAAGAAGGCACUGAGAAACCAGAGGGCGAAGAGGAGUCCAAAGAGAAGAGCGACGGUGAGAAGGAAACUGAAAAGGCUGAGGAGGAAGCCGAUGAGAAGGUCAAGGAUGGAGAGGAGAUAUCAGAAGAAAAGUCAUCCGAAGAAGAGGUUGCAAAGGAGAUAGUUGAAGAGGCUGGUGGGGACAAAGUAAAAGAAGAAGCUGAGAAAGAAACCGAUGAGGAGAAUGAAGAGGAAGAAGAUGUAGAAAAGGAUAAGGAAGCUGUGGCGGAAGAGGGGCUGGAGGCAGACAAAAAACAGGACGAAGCCGAGAAAGAAGAAAAGGAAGCGGAGCCGAAGAUCGAAAAAGAAGAAGGUAAAAAGGAUGACGACGAAGAAGCUGACGAAAAAAUAGCAGAUGCGGACAAAGAGGCGGAAGAAACGAAGGAGGAAAAGGAUGUUGCGGAAGCAACAGAAACCGAAAAGGCAGAAGAGACACAAGAAAAAGCCGCCCCCGAAACGGUGGAGACCGAAGAUGCUGAAAAGGAGACGGAAAGCCCAGAAGAGACGCCAAAAGAAUCCGCCCCCGAAACGGUGGAGACCGAGGAGGCUGACAAGGAGACGGAAAACCCAGAAGAGACGUCAAAAGAAUCCGCCCCCGAAACGGUGGAGACCGAGGAGGCUGAAAAGGAGACGGAGAAGAAUGACGCGCCCAAAGAGGAAGCAGAAGAGGACAGCAGUAAGCCGAAGGCCGCUGAAGAAGAUGACGCCGAGGCAGAGGCGUCCGCCGCCUCCUCCGGCGAGACGGAGGAAUAAAAACAAAGAGUCCCAGCAACAGCAACAUCCGCACACUGGCACCUGCAUCCAAAGUGUAUUAAUGCAAGGUGAG